GGAUUUUCAGUGGGAGUUUUUUUUCCCCCCCUCUAGUUUCGGGACAGUGGUAGCACGCGUUGUUGUCUUCAGUUUUCUCAGUGAAGCAAUUAAUAAUAAUAAUUAAAAAAAAACACUUUGUAACAAAAUGCCACAGUUAUCAGGCGGCGGCGGAGACCCGGAGCUUUGCGCCACAGAUGAAAUGAUCCCGUUCAAAGACGAGGGGGACCCGCAGAAGGAGCAGAUCUUCGCCGAGCUGAGCCACUCGGAAGAGGAAGGAGACCUGGCAGACAUCAAAUCAUCUCUGGUCAACGAGUCAGAAAGCAGCCCCAACAGCAACAGCCACGACGCAGCUAGACAGUCCCAAAUACCGCAAGAUUCAUAUCAUGAAAAACACAGAGACCAUCCGGAAGAUGGAAAGCAUCAAGAUAUGUACAGUAAAGGCCAUCCAUACUCGGGCUACCCAGGUUACAUCAUGAUGAGCAACAUGAACACUGAUUCCUACAUGAACAAUGGCUCCCUCUCGCCGCCCAUGCCCAGAACGUCCAACAAAGUCCCCGUGGUGCAGCCGUCUCAUGCAGUCCACCCGCUCACCCCUCUGAUUACAUACAGUGAUGAACACUUUGCUCCAGUGUCCCAUUCCGGCCAUCAUCCCCAGGAUGCUAACAACAAACAAGGAAUGCCGAGGCAUCACCCCGGACCAGACAUGCCCAACUUCUAUUCCCUGUCUCCUGGGGGAGUGGGGCAGCUCACAUCACAGCUGGGAUGGUUCCCACACCACAUGGUGCCAGGUCCCCCAGGUCCCCACGCCACAGGAAUCCCUCACCCGGCCAUCGUCAACCCACAGGUGAAACAAGAGCCUCCUCAUGACGGUGACAUCAUGCACAUGAAACCCCAGCACGAACAGAGAAAGGAGCAGGAGCCCAAAAGACCGCACAUCAAAAAGCCACUAAACGCCUUCAUGCUCUACAUGAAAGAGAUGCGUGCGAACGUGGUUGCCGAGUGCACACUGAAGGAGAGUGCCGCCAUCAAUCAGAUCCUGGGACGAAGGUGGCAUGCUUUAUCUCGAGAAGAGCAAGCUAAGUAUUACGAGUUAGCCCGCAAGGAACGGCAGCUCCACAUGCAGCUCUACCCAGGCUGGUCCGCUCGAGACAACUAUGGAAAGAAGAAGAAGCGGAAGAGGGAGAAGAUGCAGGAAUCGGCCACAGGUACAGGCCAGAGAAUGAAAACGGCGUACAUCUGAGAAUAUGGAGGAAAACGCAGCAGUUUCUCCACAUGCAAAGCAAAGGCAGCAGCUUCAGGCCCUCUACUAGAGAUGGAGGCCUGUUAGAUUCCAUGAAGACCCUUAAAUCUCCAAACUGAAGCCUCCAGUUCUCAGAGGACCCCCCCAACUCCCCCCCCCCACCUAACCCUACCUGCUUUCCUUCCACACCGUCACAUUGCCACCGCCAUCACCAAAAUCACUGUCUGACUCUCCUUCCUCCCUAAAGGCGCCUGCUGUGAGAGACACUGACCGAGACAAUCAUGAUUAGUAGGAGCACC